AUAAAGCAAAAUACCUUUCCUGCACCUCACAGUGGCAAAGGCUCAUCCCUCUUUUGUGCAGUCGCCUGCGCCACUCCCGCCAAUCCAUCAUGGCCAAAUGCAUCUCUUCCUCCAUUCUCUUCGCUCCUUCCUCUUCGUCAACCCGAACCCUCAAACCCUCCCCCCUCCACUUCCAAACCCCUAAACGCUCACUCCUCUCAAUGCUCUCUCCCCGUCCUCGAAACCCCUUUUCCGUCUUCAUCCGCGCCACCGUCGCGAUCGAGAAGGAAACCCCAGAAAACGAGCGCCCUGAUACAUUCCUCAGGGCCACCGAUGAUCCUCAUUCCUCCGCCGCCGCGUCACCUAACUCCGUCCGUGCGCGGUUCGAGAAGAUGAUAAGAGAAGCGCAGGACGAGGUAUGCGCCGCGAUCGAGGCCGAGGACGGAGUGGGAAAGUUUACGGAGGACGUCUGGUCGAGAGCCGGCGGUGGCGGGGGAAUAAGCCGGGUGUUACAGGAGGGCGGAGUUUGGGAGAAGGCUGGGGUCAAUGUGUCAGUCGUAUACGGGAUGAUGCCUCCGGAAGCGUAUAGGGCGGCGAAGGGUGGUGAUUCUUUGGAGAAGCCGGGGCCAGUGCCUUUCUUUGCGGCUGGGAUUAGUUCGGUAUUGCAUCCAAAUAAUCCUUUUGCACCAACGUUGCAUUUCAAUUAUCGUUAUUUUGAGACAGAUGCUCCAAAAGAUGCUCCCGGAGCACCUAGGCAAUGGUGGUUUGGAGGUGGCACUGAUUUGACUCCUGCAUAUAUAUUUGAGGAGGAUGUUAAGCACUUCCAUCAGGUUCAGAAACAAGCAUGUGACAAAUUUGAUCCAAGUUUCUAUCCGAGAUUCAAAAAGUGGUGUGAUGAUUAUUUUCUCAUUAAGGUGAAUCUGCAAUGCAGACCAAAAAUUAUUGGUCGUGUUCUUCUGUUGUUUGUCUUCAUCGUCAUAUAUCAUAUUCAGAUACACUGUAUUCAUGGUUUAGCGGAGUUUUAUUGGACUAAAUGCUACUCUUAUACUUCAAGUUAUGGGUAUUUCCAACACUGACGCUUGAUACAAUUA